AUGGAUUUCCCAGCUACCCCAUCAAAUGCAUCUGAUAGUAAUGACUAUCCUGGCAGUAGUACUCCUUCACAAUUCGAACCUAUUCACGACAAUACCAAGCGGCGCAGUUCGUCAAGAUCAAUAAAACGAAGACGUUUCGAUGAUGAACUUGUUGAAUACAGUUUGGGUCUACCGGGUGCUUCUUUGGGAAAGGGAGAGAAAAGGAUCCGUACUCAGUCAUAUACAAGCCAGUUGCCCGAGUUUCCCUUGGUUACUCCAUCAACUCCCAUAAUUUCUUUGCCUGAGCGCCGUAAGACCGCCAAUAAACUGAUUCCUGGCAGUGUAGCUCGUAAGUCGCGUCGCAAGGGUCAACUUAGCCAAUUAUCCACAAAGGAUUUAGGGAGAUGGAAACCAACUGAUGAUUUAGCGUUAAUACUGGGAGUCCAACAGACUAAUGACUUGCGCAUGGUUCACCGUGGAGUAAAGUUUUCUUGCCGCUUUACUGUGGCAGAGCUUCAAUCGCGUUGGUAUGCUUUGCUGUACAAUGCAGAGAUCUCAAGAGUUGCUGUGGCUGCUAUGAGAAACUUGCACCCUGAUCUUGUGGCAGCAGUGCAACAGCAGGCUCUCUAUUCAACUGCUGAGGAGGAUUUGCUAGGAACAAUUGCCAGUAAUUCUCAUCCAGCUCCAGAGAAGUUUCAAGAACUUCUUGAACAGAACCCUCAUAUCUUCUACUCAACAAGAACAGCAAAAAGUUUAAUGGAACACUGGCAAUUGUUAAAACAAUAUCAUUUAUUGCCAGACCAAACUGUUCAGCCGUUACCUAAAGACAAAGAUGCUGUAAUGACUUUCUCCGAUGCUGAAGAAACUAUGAAUGACUCAGAGUUACCAGAUUUCAAGGAAGAUGGCAUGGAUGUUGAAAUACAAUUGGCUGAUAGGAUUGAGAAAAAAGAUAUCCGUCUACUGGAGACAUCGCUGUCCCGUUGGCAAGUGCUAGUGCAAUCGGUGGCUGGAGGCAGCUCAGAGUUGGAUAAGAAUACCCUGGCAGUACUUCGCGGAAGACUCGUGCGGUAUCUCAUGCGCUCUAGAGAGAUUGCCGUCGGCCGCAGUACUAGAGACCACACGAUCGAUGUGGACCUGAGCCUUGAGGGUCCGGCUGCUAAGGUGUCCAGGAAGCAGGCCACAAUCAGACUAAGGAACAGUGGAGAGUUCUUUAUGUCAUCGGAAGGCAAACGGCCCGUAUUCAUCGACGGGCGCCCGGUGCUUCAAGGGAACAAAGUGAAACUGAAUCAUAAUAGCGUGAUUGAGAUCGCGGGUCUUCGUUUUGUGUUUCUCAUAAACCAAGAGUUAAUAAGCGCCAUUCGCCAAGAAGCUGUUAAAGUUAAUAUACCUACAUGA